UGACUUGUCUGUUAAAGUGUUAAAAGACAUAUCAGUACUAAAUUUCCACUUUAAGUUAUCUAUCAAAAAGUAAUAGGAUACAUUAAAAAGCCUGUGAUAUGUGGUACUAAGUGUGUUUAAUAACGUUUGAAAGAAAAAUAUUAAUCAGAACCUAUAAUGAAUCUUUCAAACGGAUCAGCGUUUCUUCUUCUAAAUCUUUUCUUAUUAACGUUAAGUUCAGUAUUAGCCGGACGAGACUUUUAUAAAAUAUUGGGUGUAUCAAAAAGUUCUAGUUUACACGAAAUUAAAAAAGCGUAUCGUCGCUUAGCCAAAGAACUCCAUCCCGAUAAAAAUAAAGACGAUGAGAACGCUGCCACAAAGUUUCAAGAUUUAGGGGCAGCUUACGAAGUUCUCUCAGACGAAGAAAAACGUAAAAAAUAUGACAGAUGUGGCGAGGAUUGUCUUCAAAAAGACGGUAUGAUGGAUAACGGAUUCGAUCCGUUUGCAAGCUUUUUCGGCGAUUUCGGUUUUCAUUUUGGUGGUAACGAACAACAAAAUGAAACUCCUCGUGGAGCGAACGUGGUUAUUGACGUAAUGGUUACUUUAGAAGACCUUUAUAGCGGUACUUUUAUUGAAAUUACUCGAAAUAAACCAGUUAUGAAACAAACUAAAGGGACAAGGAAGUGUAAUUGUCGCCAAGAGAUGAUUACAAGGAAUUUGGGGCCCGGUCGGUUCCAAAUGAUGCAACAAACGGUUUGUGAUGAAUGUCCAAAUGUUAAAUUAGUAAAUGAAGAGAGAAUUUUGGAGAUGGAGGUUGAACCAGGGAUGAUUGAUGGACAAGAAACUAAAUUUGUCGCGGAAGGUGAACCCCAUCUUGAUGGAGAACCUGGUGAUCUUAUUUUAAAAAUUAAAACUCAACCACAUCCUAUUUUUGAACGACGAGGAGAUGAUUUGUAUACUAAUAUCACUAUAUCUUUACAGGAUGCUUUAGUUGGAUUUACUUUAGAAUUAGCACAUUUAGAUGGUCACCUUGUCUCAAUAACGAGGGAUAAAGUAACAUGGCCCGGGGCGAGGAUUCGUAAGAAAGGUGAAGGAAUGCCAAAUUAUGAAGACAACAAUUUGCAUGGAACUUUAUACAUAACGUUCGACGUUGAAUUCCCCAAACAAGAAUUUUCUGAAGAAGAAAAAGAACAACUAGCUAAAUUACUUAACCAACAUUCAAAGAACAAGAUUUAUAAUGGAUUGAGAGGUUUUUGAGUGUAUUUAUCAGAUUAAUGAUAAGAUACUCUAGUUAAAAUUUUCGACAUUUCUUGUACAUAAUUUUCCUUUUGUAUGUGUGUUGUAUAUCAAUGUAAGGGUAUUAUUAUAAAAGUAUAUAUGAAAAAAAUAUGAAUAGUGUGAA